AUGGAAGACUGGGUUUGCAGUGGCAGCGUAAAUAUCUACUUACCAGCGCACUUCCGAAACGCCGUCAGGUGGUCACGUCUCCCACACGCGCACUUGAACACGGGUGCCGAACGCAUUGCCCACCUGCAGACACGCCUAAGAAGCAAGAGUGGGAUCUGGGGUUGGCGAUCUGACAGGACGGAGAGCGUCAACGGACACGAGUGCUCAGUCUGUAGUGCGGCCAAUGUGCAGAUUGUGACCCUACGACGUACAGAACACCUAACAGAGGAGGACCUCCGUGCCCUGCAGGAGAGCCACAGCGCAGAGGGCGAGUCGCGUGUUUCGGCCAUGCCGGGUUCCACCAAUCCCCUCACCAAUCUCCUAAAUGCCUCAGAACACGAGCACGCCAAAAGCGCCGCCACCACCAUAGUCACUAAUGAAGCUGCAAGUUACAAUCCGAACAACAUCUCGAUUGAGGAGUAUUUCUCCCAGGACGCCAAUGCAAAGCCCAAACGCGAGGUUGGUCGACCCAAGGUUAUGACAGCCAAACUGAAGACCUACAAGGCGCAUCUGUAUCUAUGCGAGGAGUACCCAGUCUCUCUGAAGGACCAGGUCCUACCAAUUGUCGAAUUGAUGGCCGAAUAUAAUCCCUACUUCUUCAAGCUGCAGGAGUUUCUCACUAAACAGCUUCCGUCCGGCUUCCCGAUGAAAAUUGGUGUCUGA